UGCUUAUUCAUCUUGGACAGCAGUAUUCAAGAAGCUCUUUUCUUUCUAAUUCAUUAUCUAUCACUUGUCAAUCCCUUUGUCACUAAAAUAUUCUCAAAGACAGGAGAUCAUAAGAAAUCUCUGCAGCUUCCAUGAAAGAAACUCCAGAAAAACCAUUCUGGGACAAAGUGGGAGAUGUUUUCGCAAAACUUUGUUCUCCAAUCAGGCAUCGAAGGGAAGUAAGGAAAAUUAAGAAGAGAUUGGUGGAAGCUAUCAGACACACUGCUUCUUCAGGCAAAAAAACUUUUAGAUCAACCAACAGCAUCAUUAUGAGGUUCCCCCAGUUAAAAGAAGGGUUGCAAGAUGCCAAGCAUAUUUUCGAAAAGUAUGAUGAAGAUUCAAAUGGAACGAUCGACCAUGAGGAGCUAAAGAAGUGCCUGAGAGAGCUAAACUUCAACGUUGACGACAAAGAGAUCAAUCGUCUUUACCAUUAUUGUAACAUGGAUUUACAAAAUGGGUUACAAUAUCAUGAGUUCAUUGUUCUCCUCUGUCUAGUUUUUCUUCUGGAUGCGGCUCCCUCCCGAGCUAAUAAUACUGCAAAAGAUGAAUCAAGAGAACUUGAAGGCACAUUCAAGUUGCUUGUGGAAGCAUUUGUGUUUCUCGACAAAAAUGGGGAUGGAAUGCUUGAAAGGAAAGACUUUGUUGUGGCACUGAAUGAAGCACCUUCAAAGGAGAAAUCUCCAACACACAUUGCUACCAAGAGAUUCAGAGAAAUGGACUGGAACAAAGAUGGAACUGUGAGCAUCAAAGAGUUCCUCUACUCCAUGAUAAAAUGGAUCGGUAUGGACUCAGAUGACGAAGAGAAAGAAGAAACUGUUAGACAAAUUGUAAUUUGGUAAAUUGUGUUUUGGUUUGAUAUUAAAAUGCUAAUAAUCUAGUGUGUUUCAGAUCUCUUUGCAGCCUUCAUCUAUCAAGAGUUCAGUAAAACUACAUCUA